UCGUGUGUUGAAUGACAAGAAAAGAGGGACGAAAACUAAAAAAAAAUAAUCGGUCGACGUUUAAAUCCUGAUCCAUCCUCAUGGAGACGGCAGUCAACCCGUCUCUGGACAGCAGCUCUUUAGGCGUGGGGCUGUCUGUAGUGGGCAGGAUGGAGCAGAACACGUCGGCCCCUGGGAAGCGGAUCCGGAAGCCCUCCCUCCUCUUCGAGGGCUUUGAGAGCCCGGCGCUGCCUCACGCCCCGCAGCCGGCCCCCCCGCCGCCUCCGCAGCCCCCCGUCAAGGACCCCAGCCGACAGGGCCGCAUGACCAACCAGCUGCAGUUUCUCCAGAAGGUUCUGGUCAAGGCCCUGUGGCGGCACCAUUUCGCCUGGCCUUUUCAUGAACCUGUAGACGCAGCCAGACUCAACCUGCCUGACUAUCAUAAGAUCAUCAAGCAGCCGAUGGACAUGGGAACCAUUAAGAAACGUCUGGAGAAUAAUUAUUACCGCAGCGCCAGCGAGUGCAUCCAGGACUUUAACACAAUGUUCACCAACUGCUACAUCUACAAUAAGCCCACAGAUGACAUAGUCCUGAUGGCCCAGUCUCUGGAGAAGGUCUUCCUGCAGAAGGUCGCCCAGAUGCCCGAGGACGAGGUGGAGCUGCCCCCGCCUGCUCCGCGGGGCAGAGUGGGUAAACCUGGCAAAGGCCGCAGGGGCAGAGGUGGAGGAGGUGUGACCAGUGCUCACCAGGUACCCGCGGUCUCUCAGUCCGCGUACUCUCCCUCCUCCCCCGACACUCCAGACUCCCGGUUCUCUACUCCUCCUCAGACUCUGCUCAGCAAGCCUGCUCCUGCUCCUGUUCCUCCCGCUCCUCCUCCACCUCCUCCUGCCCUGAUGGGCCUGCCUCCCACGCAGCCCACUGCAAAGAAGAAGGGCGUGAAGCGCAAGGCGGACACCACCACACCCACCACCGUGGGUUUUCCCAUGACGGCGGCGGGACGGAUGGGGGGUAUGGGGAAAGGUCGGGGGGUGGCGGCCGACAUGCCCCUGUCCCUGUCCUCCGUCUCCAUGGACUGUAAACCGGGCCUGGGUCUGGUCAGGGGCGUGGGGGUGGGUGAACCGGUCCACCUCCAGCCCGUCAUGCCGGGCAAGAUCAUGGGGCGUCCGCUCUCCCGCCGGCCGAUCAAACCGCCGCGGAAGGACCUCCCGGACUCGGUGCAGCAGCAUCAGCCGGCCCGGCGGGGCAAACUGAACCCGCAGCUGCGCUACUGUAACGGCGUGUUGAAAGAGCUGCUAUCCAAAAAACACGCCGCCUAUGCCUGGCCCUUCUACAAACCCGUGGACGCCUCCACGCUGGGUCUGCACGACUAUCAUGACAUAAUUAAACACCCGAUGGACCUCAGCACUAUUAAAAGGAAGAUGGAUGAGAGGGAGUACCGCGAUGCCCAGCAGUUCAGUGCUGACGUCAGACUCAUGUUUUCUAACUGUUAUAAGUACAACCCUCCAGACCACGACGUGGUUGCCAUGGCGCGCAAACUACAGGAUGUGUUUGAGUUCCGUUUUGCUAAGAUGCCUGAUGAGGUGCUGGAGGAGGAGGACAUGACUCCCAUGUCUCUGGGGCGUGGAGUGGGCAUGCUGGGAAUGCACCACUCUUCCUCCUCCUCUUCCUCCUCCUCUUCGUCGUCAUCUUCGUCGGAGAGCGAGCCGAGCAGCGAGAGUGAACCCAGUAGUGAGAGCAGCCCCAGCUCUGACAGCGAGGAGGAGAGAGCCCAGCGCCUGGCUCAGCUCCAGGACCAGGUGUGUACGCAGCUCAGGGCUGUGCAUGAGCAGCUUGCCGCUCUGUCCUCUGGCCCAAUCAUCAAACCCAAGAAAAAACGAGAGAAGAAGAAAGACAAGAAGAAGCGGAAAAAGCCGGAGAAGCGUAAGACGGGCAGGAGCGUGGCGAGCGAGGAACGGGAGAAAGAGAAACCCGCCAAAAUCCCCAAGACCAAAGCCAGCAAGGCGGCGCCCUCCUCCACCCAGGGCAAGAAGGGACCAGCUAAGAAAAGCAGCAAGGCCAAGACCACGAAGAAGGCGCAGGCCGCUUCGCGCUUCGCCCUGGCUCCCUCUAUGCUUCCUCACUACGACUCGGAGGAGGAAGAGGAGGGCCAGCCCAUGAGUUACGACGACAAGCGUCAGCUGAGCCUGGACAUCAACAAGCUGCCCGGAGAGAAACUGGGUCGAGUGGUCCACAUCAUCCAGUCCCGCGAGCCCUCGCUCCGCGACACCAACCCCGAGGAGAUCGAGAUCGACUUCGAGACGCUCAAGCCGUCCACGCUGCGGGAGCUGGAGCGUUACGUCAUGACAUGCCUGCGGAAGAAACCACGGAAACCGUACGUGGUGAAGAAGAGCAGCGGGAAGUCUCGUGAGGAGCUGGCUUUAGAGAAGAAGAGGGAGUUGGAGAGGAGGCUACAGGACGUGAGCGGCCAGCUAAACUCGGUCAAAAAACCCACCAAACCCAAAGUGGAGAAGCCCAGCGGGGCAGCAGAGGCUCAUCCAGUGGCUUCCCGUCUCAGCGACAGCAGCUCCAGCUCCGACUCCUCCUCCUCCUCCUCCACCUCCUCCUCCUCUGACACCAGCGACUCGGACUCCAGGUGAUGAGCCAGGAGCACACAGAAAAAGAGAGAGAGAGAGAGAAACAGAGACUGAGGAGGGCUCUCCCAGCACGAGUCUGUCCAAGCCCACCGUGUUCUCAUGCGUUCCAGAGGAGGAGGCGGAGCCGUCCGCAGGACGGCCAAUGAGACGAAGGGAUGGAGCGCUUUUGUUCCUGUUUUUUGUUAAAUAUAGAAAAGGAGUUGGUCUCAGUGUCUCUGCUCAUUUCACUGCUGUCUGAGACAUGAGGGAGACUCGCAUCUGCUGAAAUAAGUCACUCAGAUCUCUAUGAUUGUUCUCUCUGUGUGUGUGUG